GGGAGUGUGUCUGGUCUCUCCCACAGAAUGCGCGGGCGCUUUUGGGGUUCACGUGACCGACCUUUAAGCGUGCACGCGCUUUAGUUGAGGUUGGCCCGGUUCGGUCCAGUGAGGCAGUUGCGUUGCGGCAGAAGGGACCGAGGAGGAGCUCGCCGGCGCCAUGUACCGAGCUCUGUACGCUUUCCGCUCCCCGGAGGCCAAUUCGCUGCAGUUCGGAGCCGGCGAGAGUUUCCUGAUCCUGGAGAGGUCCAACCUGCACUGGUGGCUGGCGAGUCGCUGCAGCAGCGGAGAGACGGGAUACGUGCCGGCCUCUUACUUGGAGCGGAUCCAGGUCCAAGAACAAGACGUGGUCCUGCAGUCAAUUGACAGAGCUAUUGAGACAAUCCAUAAUGCGGCUAUGAAGAAUGGAGGAAAAUACAACCUAGAGCAGCGAGAUGUACUGCAGAAGCUUAUACAUCAUCGUAAAGAGACACAAACCCGAAAGAACCACUCCCCAUCCUCUCAGUCGAAUUCCAUCACCGCUUCCUCCAGUGAGCACCACUUGGAUUCGGGACGGCAGUCUAAUGGGGUUAACCGGACAGAACGCCACAUGAGCUUGCCGAACCCCGAGUUCCAAUUAGAGGAGAGUAACCUUUAUCAGCACGGUGUUGUCGUCCAGAUUCCCCCACAGCCAAGACGAGCUGCUCCGGUCACUCCUCCGCCCCCCGAGAAGCAGAGGAAUCUGCAGAAUGCUCUCUGUACUAAAAGUAUGAUUGACAAGUCUAUGUCCAAUGCUUCCAACCCAAGCAUUUCAUCUCUUGACACGCUCUGCUCCUCAUCCACAGACUCUGUUCAUCUCACCACAGCUUCCAGUCCAUGCAAUACUCCACCCCCUGUCCCAACAAGGAGCGCACAUACUAGAGUGUCCCAGGGUGUGGACCCCAGUAGCACGUCAGCCAUCGCUGUUCCCAAUUCUCACACUAAUCAAGCUGCCCCAGGACCCCCAACUCAAAUACAUUAUGCAACUGAGAGCAGCCAGACUACACAAACUAAAAGGAACGCUCCAGCUCCCCCUCCCAAUAUUGAGGCCUUUAAUGCCAUCAACGAUGACUCCAAAGUUAAAGCCUCUUUGAAGUCUGUUGCACCCGAAUCCCCAACCCAUGAUGCUAUGACGGUUCCAAAAACAAUUGGUGCAGAGCUUAUUGAACUGGUCCGCAAGAACACCAACCUUAGCUAUGAACUCUCCCGGGUGGCCAUUGGCGUGAUCGUUGGACACAUCCAGGCUUCUGUCCCAUCCACUGCUUCAGCCAUGGAGCAGAUACUGGUCACUCUGGUGGAAAGCAAGGAUUCAGGCACGGGAUUACCUUCGGGGCAGGUUUGCCAUGAUGAGCAGCGCUUGGAAGUGAUAUUUGCCGAUCUGGCCAGGCACAAAGAUGAUGCCCAGCAACGGAGCUGGGCCCUGUAUGAAGAUGAAAAUGUGAUUCUCUGUUACCUGGAGGAGUUGCUGCUGAUACUGACAGAUGCUGACCCAGAAGUGUGCAAGAGGAUGUGCAAGAGGAACCAGUUUGAGGCCGUUCUUUCCCUUGUGGCUUAUUAUCAAAUGGAGCACCGAGUGCCAUUACGGCUGCUGCUGCUGAAGUGUUUCGGUGCCAUGUGUAAUCUGGACGCAUCAAUUAUUUCUGCUCUCGUUAACUCUGUCCUUCCCAUGGAGCUAGCGCGGGACAUGCAGACGCAUACUCAGGAACAUCAGAAGUUGUGUUACUCUGCCCUGGUUCUAGCAAUGAUCUUCUCCAUGGGGGAGCCUCUUCCAUAUCACCAUUAUGAGCAUCUGAAUUCCCAGUUUGUCCAGUUCCUGCUGGAAGUGAUCGAAGACGGCCUGCCUUCCGACAUUACCGAGCAGUUACCUGACCUGUUUAUCAAUGUGCUUUUGGCUUUUAACUUGCACAUACCAGUUCCGGCAAACAACGUGAUCAUGAAAACCUUGGUCAAGCAAUCCAACGUGAAGGUGUUUACAGAAAAGUUGCUGCUACUUUUUAACAGAGGGGACGACCCAGUUUCUAUCUUCAAACAUCAGCCUCAGCCCCCACAUUCAGUUCUGAAGAUCCUCCAAGACGUUUUUGGCAGCAAGGACUCCGCUCAUCUCUUCUACCACACAGACAUGAUGGUCAUGAUCGAUAUAAUAGUACGUCAGAUUGCCGACCUGUCGCCGGGGGACAAGCUACGGAUGGAGUACCUGUCACUUAUGCACGCCAUCGUUCGCUCCACUGAUUACCUUCAGCACGCGCACCGCCAGACCGACCUUCACGGAAUUCUGCAGCGUAUCCUAUCUGAAGAAGAGGCGGAGCCUCACUGCCAGAUGGACAAAAUCAUUAUCAGGGAAAUAUACAAGGAGUUCCCUCAGAUGGCUUCUCAGGCUAGCUAAAUAAUCACUAACUGGAUUCAAUUAGAAAAUAGACAUCUCUGUACUAACCUCAUUAAUUCUCUUCUCCAUACAGCUCUUCGACUAGUGCUGAACUGCAGCUCCUGAAAAGGGCCAACACAGAAUGCUGGCAGUUGCAUCUCUGCUUCAACCAGAGACAGGCAGGUUAGGAGUCUCUUGCAGAGAGUGUUUACAUCUCAAUUCCUGUGACUGCUCCUCUAAAAAAAAAAAAAAAAAAAACCGACAGACCGUUAGUGCUGCUAUGUCAGGUUAGAGAAUCCUCUUCAAACACGGAUAUCAAUUUCUUUAAAAGGGAUCAGCAACGUAUGGCCCUCCUGGUUUUUCCACCACUCCCAUCAGAUUGCCUGUCUCUGCUCUAAACUGCAGUCAAUGCAUACUAGAUGUUAAAUGAGAGUAAAAGGGAACCCAGACUAGUGAAUGUUUUUUUUUUUUUUAACCAAAAACAUGCUUUAUUCCUUUCUGUUGCAAACAACCAGUAUUCUGGUUGUUGAGCCUUCCAGAUCAUUCAAAUCAGUUUGUAAAUUGAAAAGCAUAACUUCAGGGGUCCAGCCCCCUACUGUACAUCAAAAUCACAGGGGGGUGUCGCCUGCAGGACACCCCCUCCCUUCCUGUAACACCUGGCCCUACCCCCCGACUAUGGGGUGUGGGUGAAGUUAUGAAACAUCUCAAAUUCUAUAAGGAAAAAUACUAUAUAUUUUUGGGAUGGGGGUAUGAAAAAUCUCAAAUUCUAUAAGGAAAAAUACAAAAUACUAUAUAUUUUUUUAAAUCCACUAGAGUUUUUGGGGAUUUGUUCUUACAAUGACAGCUCCUCUUGGGAAACCGUAUUCGAGAAUAGUUUGAUUUGAGCACUUGCAAUUAGGGAUAUUAUUUCCCCUUAUAUUUAUGGUGAUGCUAAUGGUUUCCCAUUUAGGAAAUAAGUCACAGUCCCAUUAUGUAUUGGAGAGUUAGAGAAACUGACAGAGGGGGUCCUUUUAAUCAUCCUCAAAUGAUAUUGGGCUCACCGUUUGCUUCUGUCUCAUAAUCAGAUCUCAUGGCUGCAGAGGCAAAAUAAUUUGGCCGACACUGACAACACUGUGAAUGGGGAACUGAUCACAGAAUUUGGCUCUUCCUAAAGUAUUAUGCACGGGUUUAUUUUUCUAGUGGCGCAGAAUGCGCAUGCAGAGCUUCAUGACGAAACCAUGGCUCAAGAGCACGGAAUUUACAGCAUCGCUCCCUGGGCAGACUCUUCCUUCCCAUCCCCAAGUAAACUAUUUAUUUUGAUAACAUAGAUAUCUGUGUAAUGUCUUAUAGUAUUUUCAAUGGAGAUCUGACUUUAUUAAUAAAGAUUCAGCUAUAAUAAAAGAAAAAACUUUUACUGAAUAA